AUGGAGCCAGGAACAGUGGUGAUCUACGUGUGCAGAACUCUGGUGAGUGUGGUGGGGACAGUGGGAAAUCUCAUUCUGCUGCUUUCUCUGUGGUGCAGGUCUAAGGUGAAGACCUUUGAUAUCUUCUUGAUUGGACUGGCUUUAGCCAACCUGGUGGAGACUGUCUUAGUGGACAUGGUGGACAUCACCCUUGAGCUGCUCAACAUGAUCCCAGCCACAUGGUUCUGUCUAACCUUGAAGUUCAUGUCUGGUCUUGGUGAAACCACCAGCAUCCUCUUCACUGUUCUGAUUUGCAUCUUCCGCUAUCAGAAGCUGAAGGAUGCUGUUUCUCGGGUAAAUUUUCCUAUACCACUAGACACAGUUUGGGUCGCCUGGGUCCUAAGUGGGGCUGUCUGGGCUGUGGCAUUUUGCUUCAGUCUGCCAUCUGUGCUUCUCAGUCAUGGCCACGAUGGUGUCUAUGAGAAUGUCUCGACAAAGUGUUCCUCCAGCCUGUUUGAGUGUCCCAGGUCAAACUGCUCCCUGGGCCACAUAGCCUACAAGACCACAUAUCUCGGCGUGACUAAUGUCCUGCCCCUACUUAUCAUUGCCAUCUUCAGCAUCUUCAUUCUAAAAGUGCUGCUGCAGAAUAGACGAGUGGCAGCAGGUGAACUUGCUGGCGAGAAACCCCUGGGCAAGACGACAUCCACAUCCAGGCGCAGCAACAUAUCCGUGAUAGCUGCCCUCUGCAUUUUUGAGGUCGUCUGGAUCCUGCACAUGAUAUUCCAGUAUACAGCAGACGUUGAUAAAUUUGCCUUCUGGUCAGAGUGUGACUUCUUCAUCUCAGCAGUUUAUUCCACUGGCAGCCCUUACAUCUACGGUUUUGGAAACAAUGUAUUCUUAUUGAGGAGAUGA